AUGAUCUUAGCCCCUGGCAACAAAGAGGAGCGUCAUUAUGUCUAUACAUUCUUUACGCAAGCGUCAGCAUCACUAGCUGGAUCCAUUCCUUCCGAUCUAUGGGCUCGUUUAAUCCCACAACUCAGUCAUCAUAAACCCAUGGUCCGUCAUGCCGUGGCUGCCGUGAGCGCGGCCUACGUGCAACAAACCCAACCAUCCGCAAUCUCUCGCAAUAGCCGAUUUAUAAUCCAGCAGUAUAAUAAAGCCAUUCAAGACUUUAUCCACCUUGCAUCCAGGCAGGGUGAAGAUCUGGAACUGCUCUUGACUACCUGCAUUUUAUUCAUCUGUCUAGAAAUGAUCAGGGGAAACCAAGGCCAGGCAGUCAGUCAUACAGAGAGUGCAUUACGGAUCUUUAAGAGCUAUCUAGAAAGGACAAGUUCCACUUCAGGCUUAGACCGCGAGUUAUCUCAAUUACUCGUCCGGAUGAAUAUCCAGCUUCCCUACAUGGGUCGACCGCUCAUACUCCAGGAUGAACCCAUGAAGCCGGUGUAUGACAAAAAGCUCCCAUUUGAAAGUUUUCAUCAGGCCCGACAGAUGAUUGCGAAGCUCAAUCGAAGGACCUUGAAAUUCAACGAGUCGAUGCGUCUGGACGAGAAUGGUGAACUGAUAGAUGAGGAUCAACGACAGGAAUACAAAGCGCUCCUGCAAGAGUCGAAAGACUGGCGUGUGGCUUUCCAGAAAAUGAUUGCUGAUUCAAAGACUCGCAUCCCCGACCCUCGCGCGCCUCUCGUCCUUGAAAUUGGAUGGCAUGCUUCUGUGGCUUGGGUGAAAUGUUGUACAAGAAAAGAAGAGUGCGCUUAUGAUGAUCUAAACGAUCAUUGGGAAGGCAUGGUGCAUUCAGCAGAAGAAAUACUACGACUAACAGACUCGGAGCAUGACUCGGCUCUCUCGGGGCUAUUUUCUAUCGAUUCGGAGAUAGUUCCCAUGAUGUACUGGACUGCGACCAAGUGCCGUGAUCCGUGGAUUCGGCGCAGGGCUAUAUCUGUAUUGUCACGACAUCCUAGGAGAGAGGGUUUUUAUAAUGUAAGGAUGUAUCGUAAAGUCGCGGAAAGGGUUUUGGAACUAGAGGAAGCUCCUCUUGCUUCUCUUUCUAUCGGUCAAAGAGUUCCGCUGGAGGAACAUCGUUUCAGCUUGGUGCAUAUAUCUCCUACAGAUGGUGUGUACAAGAAUCCAGUGCCUGUAUUCUACAUGAUGCGCUCACUUGGUCUCGGUCAUGCCCCUGUUACUUGGUGGGAAGACGUCGAUUGGUAA